GUUGAUAUGUUUUCAUUGGUUUUGUUACCUUACCUUUCAUCAGAUGCAUCGUCUGAGAAUAUCUGUUAGCGCUACUGAGUACAGCAGGCUGUGUGUGGAAUAUCUGAAGCCUCAUGUGCUCAUCCAGUUGGGUGGCAUUCGCCUGAGACACGACAAACUGUUCCGCUUGUUAGAAACCAUGCCAAAAAAGGUGGAAGGUCCACGCGAAACCUUACGUCAUGUAAAGUACAGGGCGAAGCGAGCAGAAGGCGGCCAUAAAAUGCCAGCACCUUCACGAAUUGAUGUUCAUGUAGUAGGCAGUGGUGCCAAAGGAAAUCCCAGAUCUUUGGUUAUAUCAACAGAUUACUCCAGGUACUUGUUUAACUGUGGAGAAGGUACACAGCGGAUAGCCCAGGAGCACAAAAUUAAGCUGUCAAAAUUAGAGAACGUCUUCAUUACACACAAGUCAUGGGAGAACCUAGGUGGCUUGCUUGGCAUGGCCCUGACAUUGGAAAGUAUCAAUGUUCCUCAAAUAACUCUGCAUGGGCCUGAUGGAAUAGAAAAAGUUGUUCACAUGGCCAAAUCCUUCAAUUCUCAACAUUCAACUAUAAAACUUGAAAAGAAGGCUUUGACUGAUGGCAGAUUUGAAGACACAGCUGUUGUUAUUGACUAUGUUGUUCUGUGGAAAGACAAGGUCUAUGAUAAACUACCCAUGGAGAUGUCACAGGGGGAGUCUGGGAGGAGGGGCCAUGACUUGUCUGGUCCAGCUCCAUCCAAAAGACUGAAGAUUGAAAAUUCACCUGCUGCGCAGGAUUGUAUUGUGGCUUACAUAUGUAAGCCUCAUCCACCUUUGCGAAAGCUGAAUAUAGAAAAAUGUGUUGAAUUGGGAGUUCCAAGCGGACCAAUGUGUGGGAAAUUAAAGGAAGGAGAAGAAAUAACUUUAGGGGAUGGAACUGUGAUAACCCCAGAUCAGGUACUCAGUAAGCCAGAAAUCAGCAAAGCCAUCAUAGUGUUGGAGUGCCCCAGCCUAGAAUUCCUGAAGCCUGUAUUGAACUGUGAAGCGUUUCAUCGGUUGCAAUCUGCAGACGCUGAUGACUCACCAAACCUUAUAGUGCACAUGACCCCAGCUAGUAUCCUGGAGUCUCCCGAGUACCAGGCUUGGAUGAACAGGUUUGGGACUGAGACAAAUCACUUGGUAAUAAAUGAGAACACAUCAACCAUUGCUUUUGAGGGGAUGUAUAGAAUCCAGGCCAUGCUGAACCUGAUUGAGCCUAGGAUCUUCCCUCUUUUGCCACAUCAAAUAGACAAGGAGAAUCUACCUCCUGACCGUGGCAAUGUUAUAAUGGGCAGAACCAACCUGGUGUAUCAGUACAGGCCAAGUAAAGGCUUCUGCAGGGACCUAUGUGUGGAACUUGAUAAUGGGAAAUGUGUUGAGGCAGCCAAAGAAAAGCUAGAUGUAUUAGAGGAGCUGGAGAAACUGGACCAGGCCAAGCUGACUGUGACCAGCAGUGAACCUGAGGAGCCCUCCUACCCUGAGGUGAUAUUUCUGGGCACUGGUUCCUCCAUACCAUCCAAAGUUAGAAAUGUCUCCUGUAUCCUGGUACAGACAGAACAGCACAAGUACAUGUUGCUGGACUGUGGAGAGGGUGCACUAGGACAGCUGUAUCAUCAUUUCGGUCAAAGCGUGGGAGAUAUACUGGAGAAUCUCACUGCUGUGUUUGUCUCUCAUAUGCAUGCAGACCAUCACCUGGGAAUGUUCGGCGUGUUGGAGGCUCGUAAAGAGGUGCUCGAGGCUCGCGGUAAACCUCACACCCCAGUGCUAUUGUUAGCACCUAUACAGAUGACAAGGUGGCUCAAAUUUUACAGUCAGCAAAUCAAAGAAUCACAUAGCUAUAUCAGACUGGUGGCCCUUCAGGACUUACUGCCUCACCAGCUAGACAGGACCCAGACGAUGUGUAACGCUGUACUAGAAGAGACCGGACUGCGUGAAUUCCUACCUGUGAUGGUGGAGCACUGCAAAAACGCAUUUGGUGUGUGUCUGACACAUCAGCGUGGCUGGAAGUUGGUCUACUCUGGAGACACCAUGCCCUGUAACAGGCUGGUCCAGGCAGGUGAGGACUGUGACCUGUUGAUACAUGAAGCCACGAUGGAAGAUGACCUGGAGGAGGAGGCCAAGUACAAAACACACAGUACAACCUCCCAGGCCAUUGAUGUUGGAAUCAGGAUGAAAGCCAAGUUCAUCCUUCUCACUCACUUCAGUCAGCGCUAUUCCAAGAUUCCAGUUUUCAACGAGAAGUUCACAGAUAAAGUUGGCAUUGCCUUUGACAAUAUGAGAGUGAGUCUGAAGGACUUGAGCACCUUACCACUGUUCACACCAGCACUAAAGGCCAUGUUUGCUGAGGAGUAUGCCUUACUGGAGGAGAAAACCUUAAAAAGAAACCUGAGCAAGAAAAGGGUUGCAAAUGAUUCUCAGAAACUAAUGAAAGACUUUUUAACAGAAAGUAAUUCAUGACAGUAACCUUUC